GGAGGGAGAGUUUGCAACGCAAAUAAAUAAUAGCUUGAAACAAGACAAAUAAUACAAUUUUACGUGAUUAUUAACAACAAAGAAAACAUGCCGCCGACAGAAACAGAAGUACAACAUGCGGUAGCUGCACCAAAACCGAAUCCGCGAAAUAAUCCAACUAUGUUCAAAAUAUUCCAAAACGUUCAAUACAAUGUUGUGCAGCACAAGAAAUAUGUGAAAGAAAUGAUGAAAUUGUACAAAAAGUUAGAUGAAGGAACAUUCCGGGAGAGUUUCAAAAAUGCUCUGCAGUAUCUCUUCACAUUUGGAGACACAAGUGCUAACGUGGACCGUGUUGUACAAUUUGUGGCAUCAUUCUGCACUGCUCUGGAUGACGAUGAAGAGUUCCUACAGUUCAUAUUUGAUAUUAUUUUUGAGUGUCAAUGUGUCUCCGGGCAGUCGGUGAGGUACCGAGCCAGCCAGCUGCUGGCUGCUGUGCUUGCUGCUCUCGGGGAAGAUGCAUGUCUUGAUGAUGAACUGUGUGACAAACUGCUGGAGUCCCAGAUGCAAAGGCUACAAGACACCCGUGGUGCUGUCCGCUGCCGCGCGGCGCUGGCGCUGCAGCGGCUGCAGAACCCGCCUGAUGAUGACGUCACACGCGCCUACCGCUUCCACAUGAGCUGCGACCCCAGCUCCUCAGUUCGAAGGGCGGUGCUAAUGUCCAUAGCGAAGUGCAAGCCGAACGUUCCGUUCGUGUUGGAGCGUCUGUGCGACGUGGACGAGGCGGUGCGGCGCGCGGCCUUCCUGUACAUGGCCGCCAUGCCCGUGGUGCAGCUCAAGGUCACGCAGAGGAUACUCACGCUCAAGGUGGGUCUAACGGAGCGCAGUCCCCGCGUGCGGCGCGUGGUGGAGGAGAUCCUGAUCCCGGGCUGGCUCGCUUGCUUCCGCGGGAACAUCGUCGACCUGCUCAAAGCCAUCCGCCUCGACAACACUCACGAUGCUAAAGACUCCCAGUAUGUUGCUGGAAAACUGCUCGAGUCGCUCUUCAAACGCCUACCAAUCUCGGAGUUGCUAGAAUGGCUGCCGACUGACAAGUCCCUCCGGCUGAUCCCCGCCGACAAGUUGAACAAGGAGACGGCGUGGUACUGGCGCCACCUCGCGGAGCACCUGCAGAAGAUCGACGACGACGAGACACUGGAGACUGUGUUGCCCGAUCUAGUCGUGCUUACUGGGUAUAUCCGCGCGAUAGUAGAGUCCCCGUGCCCGGCGCCGGGUGAGGACCCGGUGGGGUUAAACACGCGGCAGCACGUGCUGGCCGAACUGGGCCGCAUGCUGCGCGCCUACGACGCCUGCGACACCGCGGGCCGCGCCGCUCUGCACGAGCUCGCUACCGAUGUACUCACUGGAGACUACGGGUAUCUAAGUGCUGAAGUGAUCCGCGCGUUCGUGUCAGCAUUAGAGCUGGUGGUACCAGAAGUGGGUCAGCGUAUGGAGGUGGUGGCGGGCGUGAUCAACUCUCUCCGGGAUCCGCCUGAACCAGAGCUGCCGCCGCCGCCGCCGCCGACAGUAGAUGAUGCCAAGGCCAAGCUUGAGAGAGCCAGGCUGCGUGUGUCGUUGAAUGUCGCUAUAGAAGCUCAGGAGGAGGCAGUCAGGGAUCAGAACUACGAGCUUGCAGCAGAGUGCAAGGCGAAGGUGGCUGACAUUCAAAAGAAGUUAGAAGACUUGACGGUGCAGUCUACUCCGACCGCGCCACCGCCGCCGAUACCGACAAUAAAGGAGAAGAUAUCGGACUCGGACACGCUGAACAAAUGUUUGACGAUACUGAACGCUACGAUGGACACGCCACAGCUGAAGACUGUCACACCAAUACUGCGGAUCAUAUUCAAUGAACUUGAGGUGGAGAUAUUCCAAAACCCGGAUAUAUUGGAGAAUGCCUUGGAAACAGUGGCACUUUAUGGAAUGUUGGAUAAAGAGUUUGCUAAGGAAAACAAGGCCUUCUUCUUCGCUAACCUAAUAGACACAACGAAUGAGAGUAUAGUAUGCACGGUACUCAAAUGCUUGGUGGAUCUCGUGUGUGUGCACGGACCGCGCGUUUUCGAGGACGAGCACGACGACACGGCGCGCAGCAAGCGAACCACGAAGGAUGAUGAUCACGAUUCUGAUUUUGCAGAAUCAAUAGUUUCCUUGUCACCCGAUCACAACGCUGUCAUAGAAAUCCUUUUGAAGAUUAUGGAUGGCACAUGUGCAGCGUAUAGAUUGAUCAUAGUGGAAGGUCUCUGUCGUCUACUACAUCUGGGGCACCUUGAAUCACCGUCGAUACUCAGCAGGCUGCUCUUGCUGUGGUUCAACCCUGCUACUGUGGAGGAAGAUAUGUUACGGCAAACCAUAGGAGUGUUCUUCCAAACGUUCCCAACCACGGUCGAUGGCGCGCAGGAACAAAUUCAGAAAGCGACGCUCCCCACACUACGCACGCUCGCCAACGCGCCGUCUAGUUCUCCUCUAGCCGAGAUCGACCAAGAAGCCGUCGUGAGGUUCAUAGUCUCACUCACUAGAGUCAAUCAUGAGCUGACCGACAGUCAAGGCGGCAUGGCGAUGCUGCUGACGAACUCGCUGUCGCGGCGGCCGACUGCGCCGGAGACGGGCCUGGCGUGCCGCAUGUUGGCACUACUGUCGCCGCCCAGAGACGCUCGACUUGCUUCUGAGCUCGCCGCUACGCUGCGCGAUACUUGUAAUAAUCUACCGGACAAGCAGUCUCAGCGUAAUCUAACGCGGUAUCUCGGUGCGUUGGAAGCUGCCGAGCGAACCAGUCUCAACAAAAUGUCUAACACUGGUAUUACUGAAGGAACAAUUCAGAAUGAAGACACUAUGACACAUAUUGGGCGCGCUACAACCUCAUUACCGCAGCCGAUAGCCCGCAGUACACACGUGGUGAUCAACGAGACGGUAGAAGAAGAAGUGGAAAUUGACGAGACUUCACCCACGGAUGCUAUAUCUAAAAUAUCUACAGGCCUGGAGACAGUGGAAGAGAGCCCAAAGUCAGCACGUAGCUCGUCGGGCUCUGAAGACAAGCGAGCAGAUAAGGUCGAGGAAGACGCGCAGACCGACUCCAGUAGCGGCGUCUCACCCGUCAAGAAACCUAAAGUCUCCAAAGCAAAGAAAAAGAAGCUAUCAUUAUCCAAACAGUCAGAAGAGAACCCCAAACCGAAAUCCGGAAAAGAUAAAGGAACUAAAGCGAAGAAAGUACGAGAAGAGGCUGUGAAAGAAAUAGAAAAAGAGAAGAUAGUAGAAGAGGAGAAUGAAAAGGGAGGAGUCAAACGGAGCCGGUCACAACGCUCACUAGUAGAUGUUGAAAGAGCACAAAAAGCAAAAGCAGAGAAGAACAAGAAGGCGCAAGCGGCGUCCCCCCCAGAAGAACUUGACAUGUCCAACGUAACAGUGCGCAGAUCCUCGAGAGGAUUGCAAUCUGGCUCCAGCACCGAAUCUAACGGCUCUGGCAAAGCGAAGAAAACUGAUAAGAAGAAGAAAGAACCAGCUACUAAACCGGCCACGAAGCCUGUGACGCGCUCAUCUGCGGGGUCGCGAAGCAGCGCCGGCAGCGUCCACUCCAUGUUCGACGAUUCCGCCGAUGAGACUGAAUUGCACACCAUUGUGUAUGACAAGGAAUUCGAACAAUCACUUCUAAACGACUCAAGCGAGCUGAUGGAUAGCAAGCGAACGUCUAAAGCCAACGUCACGAUACCCGAAACACCUGAUGGCUCCGACGCAUCUGAAUCAGAACCUGAACCUGAACCAGUGAAACCUAAAGGCAAGAGAAAUGCAAAGAAAAAAUAGUAAUUAAAUAAGUAGAGUACGAUUUAGUUUAAAUAAAUUUAUUUUUAGAGAUAUAUAA